AUGGAGGUCAUGCAGGGAGCUGCACGGGGACCCCAGCUGCUGCAGCUGGGAGCUGGGGUGAUGGCUUUGCUGUUGGCAGUUGUAGCUGUGAGCUCCCUGCCCUCCCUGAUAGAUUACUGGAGGCGCUGGUGGGUGCUGAAGCCAGUACCGGGUGUCAGCCCCUGCUAUCCUGUGCUGGGAAAUGCUCUACUCUUGGAGCGGAAGGGAGAAGGUUUUUUUAAACAACUGCAAGUUUAUGUUGAAGAGUUCAGGAGCUGGCCAUUGCUGAAACUUUGGAUAGGACCAUUGCCUGUCAUGGUUUUGUAUCACCCUGAGAGUGUGGAGGUCAUUCUGAACAGCUCAAAGCAUAUAGAAAAAUCAUACAUGUACAAAUUCCUACACCCUUGGCUGGGCACUGGACUUCUGACAAGCACUGGAGACAAGUGGCGAUUGCGGAGGAAGAUGAUAACUCCCACGUUUCACUUCACGAUCUUAGCUGACUUUCUAGAGGUUAUGAAUGAACAAGGAACUAUUUUAUUGGAGAAACUUGAGAAGCAUGUUGACAAGGAGCCAUUUGAUGUCUUUCUGGACAUCACUCUGUGUGCCCUUGAUAUCAUCUGUGAAACAGCGAUGGGCAAGAAUGUGGGUGCUCAGGAGAAUAAGGAUUCUGAUUAUGUUCAUGCUAUCUACAGGAUGAGCGAUCUAAUCCAACAGCGACAGAUGAGCCCGUGGCUUUGGCCUGAUGUUGUAUAUUCGCUGUUCAAGGAAGGAAGAGAGCAUGAGAGGAACCUCAAGAUCCUUCACAAUUUUACAGAUACAGUCAUUGCAGAAAAAGUUGCAGAACUUGAAAAUGCCAAGCAAACAAAAUGUGAUACUGAUGGCAGCUGUGAAGAAAGUGGGUCCAAAAAGAGAAAAGCUUUCCUAGACAUGCUGCUGAAUGCAACAGAUGAUGAAGGGAACAAAUUGGACUACAAGGAUAUUCGUGAAGAAGUGGAUACUUUCAUGUUUGAG